CUCUUCACAGUGCUAGAUCAUUCGUGCUUUAGCUUUAUUAAUAGACCAAGUCUGGUUUUCUCUCUGAAAAAGACUUCAAGCUAAGCAAUGGCUUUGGCUUGGACCAGUACAGCUUCUUCAUAUUCAUUGACUUCCGGAUCAUACAUACUACUGUUAUUGUUACUCCUGGGAUUGAAUUCCGGGAUCUGUCACGGGUUGGGGUCAUUUGGAUUCGACAUUCACCACCGGUUCUCCGAUCCGGUUAAGCAAAUUCUGGGCUUUGAGGGGCUUCCAAAGAAAGGGAGCGUGGAGUACUAUGUUGCUAUGGCUCACCGAGACAGCAUAAUCCGGGGCCGUCACCUCGCCGCCAGUAACAACCAGUCACCGGCACCGCUCACUUUCGCCAAUGGAAACGACACCUUCUACCUCAACAAUUUAGGAAGUUUGUAUUAUGCUAAUGUUUCUGUGGGGACACCAAGUGUAUCAUAUUUGGUAGCAUUAGACACAGGCAGUGAUUUGUUCUGGCUACCAUGCGGUUGUAACAACACAACUUGCGUGCCCAGCUUAAAGACAACAUCUGGACAGGACGUAAAGUUGAACAUCUACAGUCCUAAUGCAUCAUCAACAAGCAAAAAGGUUUCCUGCAACAGCAGUAACUUAUGCGAUCCAAAUCAGUGUCCUUCAACUAAUAGUGAUUGUGCAUAUAGUGUUGAGUAUCUUUCAAACAACACGUCAACUUCUGGGAUCUUGGUAGAGGAUGUGUUGCACUUAAUUACAGAUGAUGAUCAAUUAAAAGCUAUUGACAUUCCUAUCACCCUUGGGUGUGGUAAAAAUGAGACUGGUAUUUUGCUACAGGGAUUUGCACCAAAUGGUCUACUCGGGCUUGGUCUUGAUAGUAUAUCUGUUCCAAGCACCAUAGCAAGAAAAGCGCAAGGUCCAAAUUCUUUUUCCAUGUGUUUUGGAUCUGAUGGGAUUGGGAGAAUAAAUUUUGGAGAUAAUGGCACCUCAGACCAAAAAGAAACAUCAUUCACCGUUGAGCCCUCAUCUCCAUCCUAUAACAUUAGCAUCACUCAAAUAAAUGUUGGAGUGAAUGUUUCUAAAAUGGAGUUCAGUGCAAUUUUUGACUCUGGUACAUCGUUUACACAACUAAGGGACCCAAUUUAUACAUUUAUUUCUAAAACUUUCAAUUCCCAUGUCACAGAAAAGCGACAUUCAUCCAAUUCCCAAAUUCCUUUUGAAUAUUGUUAUGACUUGAGUGCAAAUCAAACCUCAUAUAUGAUCCCUAUAAUGAAUCUGACAAUGAAAGGUGGAGAACAAUAUUAUCUCACUAAUCCAACAGAAGUGUUCUUUACAAAGGGUGGAUAUGUAUAUUGUCUAGCUCUUCGCAAAAGUACAAAUAUAAACAUCAUAGGACAAAACUUCAUGACUGGUUAUCGCAUAGUUUUCAAUCGAGAUAAGAUGAUCAUAGGUUGGAAGCCAUCUAACUGUUACAAUGAUUCAAAUUCGACCACUUUACCUAUCAGCCCAUCACACUCUCCUACUGCUUCACCUAGCAGUCCAUCAGUCUCUCCUGCUCUUGCUCCCAAUCCACAAGCCAAAGCUCCAUCUAGUCAGUCACCCAAGUUGAAGGCUUUUACUUGCACAAUCAUGAUGAUUUUUGUUUCAUUCUUAGCUAUUGUUUGAUAUCUUUUCAUUUGGCGAGACUUUCUCGAC